ACCACUUCCUGAAGCGUGAGACAGGAAGUUAUCUGAUACCUCUGGAGUGCUGUAGAGAAAGUGUUCUCUGCCGCAUUGGUGGCGGCGGGAGCUGCAGGUGACUCGGAAUACUGGCGGUUGGGUCCCGCCGUACAUAGGAGCCUGUCUCCAUCGCAACAUCACGGCCCCCUCCUCCAGCCCCGAGCCCGGCACGGCUGCCCCGGGGGCUCUUACUGGCUUCUUGAAACCACGCCAAAGGGCACCUACCCAGGCAUCGCCUGGGCCACCAACCGGGGGACUGGCUCACUCCUUCAGCACUCUGGGCAGCAGUAAGGGCUCUAGUCGCCUCACGCCCUACCUCCGCUCCUUAAGCCACCGAGACCCUGGUCCAGAGCGACUGCCUUGGACCCGGGACUAGACGGAUCCAAAACGCUCAGUCCGGGGCCCCCACCGACGGGGCUCUGCAUUGUCUCUGAUAUGUCACCCACCAUCUCCCACAAGGACAGCAGUCGGCAGCGGCGUCCAGGGACUUUCAACCACACUCUGGAUAUGAAGAGCGGUCCGCUGCCGCCGGGCGGCUGGGCUGACAGUCAUCCCGACUCGGUGGGCGGGGAAGGGGACCGAGAAGCUCUUCUGAGAGACAUCGGGCCUGUUGACUUCUCCAAACCCGCUAGGAGCUACAGGGCUGAGCUAAGCAGUAUUUUGCUGCUGCUCUUUCUUUAUGUGCUUCAGGGCAUUCCUUUAGGCCUGGCGGGAAGCAUCCCUCUCAUUUUGCAGAGCAAAAAUGUUAGCUACACGGACCAAGCUUUCUUCAGUUUUGUCUUUUGGCCCUUCAGUCUCAAAUUGCUCUGGGCUCCGUUGGUUGAUGCUGUCUACUUUAAGAACUUCGGUCGUCGCAAAUCUUGGCUGGUCCCGACGCAGUAUGUACUAGGGUUCUUCAUGAUAUAUUUGUCCACGCAAGUGGACCGUUUGCUCGGGAAUACUGAUGGCCGGACGCCUGAUGUGGUCGCGCUCACUGUGACAUUCUUUUUGUUUGAAUUCCUGGCCGCCACUCAGGACAUCGCUGUGGAUGGCUGGGCGUUAACUAUGUUAUCCCGGGAAAACGUGGGAUAUGCUUCCACUUGCAAUUCGGUGGGCCAAACAGCAGGCUACUUUUUGGGCAAUGUUUUGUUUUUGGCCCUAGAAUCUGCCGACUUUUGUAACAAGUAUUUGCGAUUUCAACCUCAACCCAGGGGAAUCGUUACUCUUUCAGAUUUUCUUUUUUUCUGGGGAACUGUAUUUUUAAUAACAACGACAUUGGUUGCCCUUCUGAAAAAAGAAAACAAAGAAGUAUCAGUAAUAAAAGAAGAAACACAAGGGAUCACAGAUACUUACAAACUGCUUUUUUCAAUUAUAAAAAUGCCAGCAGUUCUGGCUUUUUGCCUUCUGAUUCUAACUGCAAAGAUUGGCUUUUCAGCAGCAGAUGCAGUAACAGGACUAAAAUUGGUAGAAGAGGGAGUACCCAAAGAACAUUUAGCCUUAUUGGCAGUUCCAAUGGUUCCUCUACAGAUAAUAUUGCCUCUGAUUAUCAGCAAAUACACUGCAGGUCCCCAACCACUAAACAUAUUUUACAAAGCCAUGCCAUACAGAUUAUUGCUUGGAUUAGAGUAUGCCCUACUAGUUUGGUGGACUCCUAAAGUAGAGCAUCAGGGAGGAUUCCCUAUAUAUUACUAUAUCAUAGUGCUGCUGAGUUAUGCAUUACAUCAGGUUACAUUGUAUAGCAUGUAUGUUUCUAUAAUGGCCUUCAAUGCAAAGGUUAGUGAUCCACUUAUUGGAGGAACAUACAUGACCCUUUUAAAUACGGUGUCUAAUCUGGGAGGAAAUUGGCCUUCUACAGUAGCCCUUUGGCUGGUGGAUCCCCUCACUGUGAAAGAGUGCGUAGGAGCUUCAAACCAGAAUUGUCGAACACCUGAUGCUAUUGAGCUUUGCAAAAAACUCGGUGGCUCCUGUGUCACAGCACUGGAUGGUUAUUACGUGGAAUCCAUUAUUUGUGUUUUUAUUGGAUUUGGUUGGUGGUUCUUUCUUGGUCCAAAAUUUAAAAAGUUACAGGAUGAAGAACCGUCUUCAUGGAAGUGCAAAAGGAGCAAUUAAUGCACACUCUGUUGAACAUUCUAGAAGGUAACUGUGGCUUAGUUUUAUUCAGAGAGCUAUGAUAAUCAUUGCACAAGAGUAUAAAAUAUUAUUUAAAGAAGGAAAUUAUUAAUAUAAAAUGCCAAAUGGUUGAAAAUUAGAGACUUCUGUGUAUGUUUGAUUAUAUUUUUGCCUUGUCAAUGUAUUUAAAGUUUACUUAAGGUCAGGAAAUUGACACCGAAACAACUUUCUGGCCUUGUUAUUUGAUUUCUAUCUUUUUAAUUUACUGACCAAAGCUUACUUUAAGCUGCAAGGCUUAAAGUAAUGGAUAGUAACCAUGCAGUCAAGUAUUGUUAUUAGUACCUGUCAUUGAGCUAUAUUUAAAAUUUUGGAAAAGUAUAUUAAGUGGAAGAGAGCUUGAUACUCAGGUACUAAAUAUAAUUAGUCUGACCUUGUUGGCAGGUAAAAAUCUUAUUUUGAAUUGUUAAUCAGUUAAAUUGUAUGUGGAAUUUGCUGAAAAGAGAAUGUAAACUACUGAAGCAUCAUUUAGUUGUUUUCUGACCAUAACUACAUUGUCCAACUGGAUGUGUGUUUAAAAAACAAAGACUAUUUUAAAUGUAAUUCCUGCUUUUGUAAGCAUUAAAGAUUUGUAAGAUUAUUCAAACUA